ACCGACGCUGACUACCCCUCCAUGCAAGCCCUGGGAAACGAAUUUCAAGCAUUCCUGAUCGCUCUGUACAGCGUGACAGCGCUCCUGGCUUUAGCGGGUAACCUGAUGGUGAUCGUAGUUUUGGUGCUGGGAAAACGUUCCUCCAACGAGUUGAGGUUGUUCCUGGUGAACUUGGCGCUCUCGGACGUCGCCAUGGCCGUGUUUUCUAUUCCGUUCACUUACACGGACUUUAUGCUUGGUCGCUGGAUAUUCGACCCUCUGUUCUGCCCCGUGGUGUUGUUCAUGCAACACUUGGCAGUCAUCGUGUCCGUUUACACGCUCACAGCGAUCGGAGUUGACAGGUACUACGCCAUUAUGCAUCCGCUGAGCUUUCGCUGGACGAGAAAGAGGGGCCCCCACAUCAUUCUGGGCAUCUGGGUGGUUGGAGCACUACUCUCCAGUGUACAGUUCGUCCACGGUCGGGCUACCGAAUUCGUCUGGGCUGGCCGAACAUACUACGACUGCAACGAAAACUGGGAAGAGAAUUCCGGAAAGGUCUACACAGCCGUGGUUUUUACGGUGACAUUCAUGACGCCAAUGGUGGUGCUCACAUUCACGUACACUUCCAUCGGCUGGAAGAUGUGGCGUCAUACGUCGCCUGGCAACGCAGACGUUCACCGUGACCAGCAACAACUUUCGGCUAAAAUGAAGGUCGUCAAGAUGCUCGCUACGGUGGUACUCAUGUUCGCUCUUUGCUGGCUACCUAUCCAUCUCAUGAACCUCAUUUUGUACUUCGACCGCGAAUCGAUAGAGCCAACCACAGACGCGGGCACAUACCUCUACUUCGCGACUUUCUUCGGAUGCCAUUGGUUCUCCAUGGCAAAUAGUUUCGUCAAUCCAAUCAUCUACUGUUUCAUGAGCGACAACUUUAGAGAGGACCUCCGUCAACUGACGUCCACCUGUUGCCCAUCGUUAAGAGCGAGAAGUGUCGGAAGAAGAUGUACGAAGCGUAGUUCCUACGGUGGUUCUACACGUUCCACCACUCUAGUCGUCUCUGGAACAUCUCGCUGCAACGGCUUCUCGGUGUCACCCACUUCCGUUGUGCCUCUCAGAGCCCUGAACCGGUCGCCGAGAGCUUCAGCAACGUUCGUUACCUCCAUUGGUGACGACUGAAUACUCACUGUCCGUGACUCUGUCUAAGUGCUGACAUUAGACAUCACAUACGGCAGGGCCAUCGGGUGAACAACGAGUGGCUCCUACUGGACACAUUUUUUUACAUAUACGGUGCUGACGGUCUCUAUGACGUGCAUGACGUCCAGCUGGGGUCUAUUACCAGGUGCCCCAGCGUGUCAUUUGAAUCGUAGGCUGUAUUCAAUGCGGGUGUCUCAGCAAUAUUCUGACGGAUAGACGCACCUCCAAUGUGCUACAUAAAGGCCAUGACUCCAUUUGUGUAUGCUUACGACAUUAAGUAAUAAGGUCCCUGUGACACGUC